AUGAAUACCAAUCAGCCCUUUUUCCCGACCUUCAAAAGCCAAGAACGACGUACGGCAUUACAAAUUAUCCAAGAUGAAGGUCUGGUCGGCAAGCUCGCUAAUAAGGUCUUCGUCGUGACCAGCUGCUCCAAUGGAAUUGGUAUCGAAACUGCUCGCGCUCUAUCCGCAACGGGAGCCACUCUCUUCCUGACCGUGCAAAAUGUGAAAACUUCCCAGGAAGCGCUCAAAGAUAUUCUCGAGCCUGGCCGUGUCGAGCUGGUGCAAUUGGAUCUUGCCUCCCUUGCCAGCGUGAGGGCUGCGGCAGCCAACAUUCUGAACCGCACCAGCGUGCUGAACGUCUUGGUCUGCAAUGCAGGAAUAAUGGCCACAUCUUGCGGUACCACGGUUUAUGGAUUCGAGCUGCAGUUUGGCACCAGCCAUCUGGGACACUUUCUCCUCUUCGAAUUGCUGAAGUCAAUAAUGCUUUCAUCCUCAACGCCGUCUUUCCACUCUCGGGUCAUCGCCGUCUCUAGCACCGGCCGUCGUUUCGAGGGCAUCAAUUUCGGAAACGAGGACUUUAAAUCCAAUCCUAAGGAAUACACGCCACGGGGAGCCUAUAGCCAGAGCAAGACGGCGAACAUCUACAUGACAAAGGAGAUUGAACGGCGCUAUGGUUCAAGGGGGCUGCACGGAGGGUCCUUGACUCCAGGCGGCAUAUUUGCGGGAAUAGGGAAGCACACCCUUGGGGAAGCCCAAGCUGACUGGCCAAAGAAUGAAGUGCUGAUGGAGGCCAAGCUGUCUAUUGAGCAGGGUGCAGCACUGACUGUAUGGGCCUCAAUUGGGCAUGAAUGGGAAGGAAAGGGGGGCUUUUACCUUGAGAAACUUCAAAGGGCACCUCUGCAUCCUGAUCCUACGGAUGGGGAAUACUUGCCGUUCAUUCCAGGGUACGCCCCGCAUGCUUUUGAUCAGGAGAAGGCAGGGAGAUUGUGGACCAAUUCUCUGAAGAUGGUCGGGCUCGAGAAUAGCGAAUAA